GAGCAUCGCUUGUGAGCUCCGCCACGAGGGGCUUCAUACCACGUGACUGCGCCGUAAGGCGUCUCAACACCGCGUCUACUUUACUAUUAAAAUCUCUGCAGCAAAAAAUGUAUUAGGUUUAAAACUGGUUAGAAUUUUUAAAAAGAAAGAAAGAGAGAUUAUAUUUCUUCUCCAUACAAGGAUGUGAGAAGUUGUGGAUUACUUUACAGCUUGCCUGGAUGCGUAAUAUCUUCAUACGUUUUAAACAGGGUUCAUUUAAAAGACUUAAAAAAAAAAAAACAGGGUGCUAAUCGAACAUUGGACACGUUCACGGUGAAGCGUUUACAGGUUGCACUUCUGAGAGCACGUGGAGUCGGUGGGCUGGAGCGCGAGCGCGCGGCAACGCAAUGAGCCAUGAAUCAUCUCACAGCGUCCAGAGGGUCUGAUAGGAGAAAGCUUAAUGCAGGUCAGCAGUACGUCAUGUCCUGACAUGAGAUGAACCUACAUAGCUACAUAUACAGACUGUGGAGGGAUUUCCAAACAGAAGCCUGUUCAAGAAUGAGGAAUAAAUAUGUUAUUUUCAUCAUCUGCAUUGUGGCCCUUGUCAUCAUUGAAAGGGAAAACAAUAUUAUCUCAAGGGUCUCAGACAAGCUCAUGCACAGACAGACACAACAAACCCCAGACCCUCUUUCGUUCUUCAAUGGCUCCAGUUUGUAUGACAGUGAGAUAAAUAUAAAUUCCACACAGCUUUUAGAUGCAGACCAGACUGGCCAAAAGCACAUUCUCUUAUUGGCCACCACUCGCACUGGAUCCUCCUUUGUAGGUGAGUUUUUUAACCAGCUUGGCACCAACAUGUUCUACCUGUUUGAGCCACUGUGGCAUGUAGAGCGGACACUUUCUCAGGACACAUUGAUCCCCAAUUCCAACAUCUCAUCUAUUGCAUAUCGAGACGUGCUGCUAAGCCUAUUCUUGUGUGACUUCUCGCUGCUGGAGAGCUUCAUUAGCCCGCCUCCUCUAGAGCAUGUCACUCCAGCUCUGUUCCGCCGUGUGUCCAGCAUGGCACUGUGUGAGGAGCAGGUGUGCACUCCGAUGCAGAAGAAAGUUUUUGAAAGAUAUCGCUGCAGAACACGCCGCUGUGGCCCUCUCAAUUUCACCUUGGCCUCUCAGUCCUGUCUGAGGAAGAAGCACAGGGCCAUCAAGACGGUUAGGGUUCGGCAGCUGGACUCACUCCGUUUGCUAGUGGAAGAUCCUAGAUUGGAUAUUAAGGUCAUACAGCUGGUGAGGGACCCCCGUGCUGUCCUGGCCUCAAGAAUGGUAGCCUUCUCUAGCAAAUACCAGACUUGGAAAAGUUGGGCAGCAAAUGGAGAGGUACCCAUUGAUGACGAAGAAGUGAAACGGCUCCAAGGAAAUUGCAAUCAAAUCCGUGAGUCUGCCGAGCUGGGCUUGAGCCAACCGGAUUGGCUGGAAAAUCGCUACAUGCUUGUGCGCUAUGAGGACAUUGCCAGAUACCCCAUGCAGAAAGCGGCUGAGAUGUACGGGUUUACUGGGAUACCAUUCACAUCACACGCGAGGGAAUGGAUCAUUAAGAACACACAUGCUUCAGAGGUUGCCAGUGGAGUGUAUUCUACACAGAAGAACUCUUCAGAGCAGGUAGAAAAGUGGCGCUUCAGUAUACCCUUCAAAUUAGCCCAAGUUGUGCAAGAGGUUUGUGGGCCGACUAUGGAGCUAUUUGGUUAUCGAUUUGUUGACAGUGAGGAGACAUUGGUUAAUAAAUCUAUUAGCUUGCUUGAAGAAAAACAGUUUAAUUUUUCAUAUGUUACAGAUUUUAACUUUCAGUUUUAGUAGCAAUCUAGUGUUAAACAUUUCAAACAGAGCAGUGAAUGUAUUUUCAAAAGCAUAAAUACCACACUGGAGCACAGAUGUUGUAUGCCUUCAGCAUUUACCUCAUGGUUUAGCUUUAAUCAAAGUGCAUUCAGUUUGGUUCGACUAAUUAAGAAGCUGAACGGUUAAUUAAUUGUAUUUGCUGCUUGUGUUUGAAAAGGGAUUUUAUUUGUAUAAGUAAAUUAGAUUAUUGUUUUUAGUCCUGGAGACACUUUAAGCCAAACAUCUUUAUCGAAGUUGUUGUUGUGUCUUUUAUAGUUUCUUUUGAUAUUUUGUGAUGCUGGACAAAACUGUGUUUUUAAUCAACAUAAAUGUGCGUUUACUGUUUGUGUUCCAAACACAAAAUGGAGUCAAAGCCAGAGAAUGAGACUUUUGCACAAGCCUAAUGGAUUCUAGAUACAACUUGAAAGCAGGAACUGUUAAACAAUCAAUUAAAAGUAAGGUAACUGCAACUGUUUUUUUUUAUUUUAUUUCUGUUUUUCUUGCAUCUGCUGUCACGCAGAGACAUUUACUGAUAACAUUUGAGUAAAACCUUCAUUAUCAGAUGAUUGGGUGUAUGUAAAGUGAGGAGAAUGUAUGGUGAAAGGAAAAUGUUAAUAAAUAGUUAAUUAAUAAUAUAAAAUAAUACAAGAGGUAGGAUGGUUUAAUAAUAUUAGAAGACAAUGAUACAGAUACUUUCACAAAAGAGGACUGGGUUUUUGAUGUACUGUAGAAAUAUAAAUACA